CAGAAUUGGUAAGACUCGAACGCAACUUGCAAGCAAGUCGUAAGUACACGAGUAAACUAACCCAAAAUUCCAUUCCGCUGGGAAAGAGUAAAUCCUCUCUCUUCGAUCGCGCAGCAAAUCAGAGCGACGAAGUGAGAGAAGUGAAGGAAAAUCAGGACAUGGAUUUUGGAUCUCAAGCUCAGAAGUACGUUUGGGAAGGAGCGAUUCCCCUGCAGAUCCUUCUCCACGAAUCGGAAGUUACCACUCUCCCACCUCCUCCACCUGCACUGAUUCUUGGUCCUCGGAUUGGGUACCUGCCUUUGUUAGUUCCUCUCAUAAAGCCUCAUUUCAGUAGCACGCUUCCCCCUGGGGUAGACACUGUUUGGUUUGACUAUAAAGGAUUGCCCCUGAAAUGGUGCAUUUUAGAGGAUAUCCGGAGCAGCUCUUGAGCCCCUGUGAAGGUGAAGAUAGUGUUAAGUGGAGCUUCAUUAAUUCAUUGAAGGAGGCAGCCUAUGUUAUAAAUGGGAACUGCAAGAAUGUCAUGAACAUGUCACAGUCUGAUCAAGUGGAUCUGUGGCGAUCUGUGGUUAAUGUCAACAUGGAAUUGUACCUCCGGAUUUCAUCCAAGCUUAAGCUUGGGAUAAAUGGAGAAGAGAAUAAAGUAAAGUUAACACAGCCCCGACAAAGCAAAGAUGAGUCAGAUAUCGCAGGACCAAGCCGAACAGGCAGGGUUCCUGUCCGGUUGUAUGUGCGUAAUAUCAUGGAGGAUCUUGAUGAGUUAGAAGAUUCUUCUCCUGUUGGUAGUUGGGACAACAUUUUAUACAUAAACCGACCUGUUGUGAUUCAAGAGGAAGAAGGCAAAGACUUCACUUUAUGCAAUGCAGUCAAAACUCUACUGCCUGAGUUCUUCACUGAUGAAUUGCCUGAUGAGCAAAUUACUGUAAUAGAUCCUGAGGAUGAGCAAAGCAACACCGAGACUAACUUGCCUCAUUGCAACGAAGAGAAUGCAAGCAGCAGAAAGAAUGGAGAGGUGGAAGAAACAUCGGAUAAACGAAACCAGGUGUCCUGUUCACCCAACAAGGCUGAAAUCAAGCUCAUCCGGAUCCAAGGAAUUGAACCUAAAUUGGAAAUACCCUUUUCUUGGGUUGUAAACAACUUGAUGAACCCCGAGCACUUUCUCCAUAUUUGUGUUGUUGUCAAACUUCCUCCAGACCAAGUCAAUAGAAUGGUGAUGUGAUGGAUCAUAUCCUACUCAUUUGGUCUCUGUUUGAUAAGGAAUCAGGGUCUCCAUUCUUUUGGUAAUCUCUAAUCAUAUUCCAUUCGUUGUAUAGAAAUGUACAGAAACACCUUUCUUUCUUUAUACGGAAAGAUUUAGUUUCA